CACUGUGUUCAGUGGGGCUUCCUCUCAGAGGACUGUGCCGGGAAUUGCAGCUUAAGCCCUCCCUGCUGUGAGGAAGGAAUUUCCACAUCGAGUGACACCACCCGGAACGCCGCUGCAUAGUCCACCCCCUCCCUCAAGCCCUGCAGGGAAGGGCGUGCGGCGGGAGUGGUGCCGAGGCAGGUGCCUUGAGGAAAGAAAGGCAAGGAGGGAAAGAGUGUCUCUGGCGGAAGGAAAAAGCUAUGCUGCUACGCCUGGGCUGAAACGGAGCAUCAACGAGUCUGCGAGACCGGCGAAGGACUACCCCAUCCCGUUGCCUCAGGUUUAUCAGAAACUUGCCAAAGGUGAAUUGUUGGAAAUCAAGAUGGCAUCCAAUUCAAGGCCGCCUCCAUAUUAUGAAAAUUAUGCCUAUCAGCCAGAAAAUGCAGGCCUUCCAAGGUACAUCAAUGGCCAUAACAUGUAUCCACAUUAUUCACCUCCAUAUUAUCCUCGAUCAGUGCCACAUUAUAUCCCAAGAGUUUCUACUCGGCAGUCGACUCCAGUGCCAACAAUAGUGCAACCAAAGUCUACAAAAAUCUGCAUACCAAGACUCAGGAAAGUUGUAUUACUCCUUUCAACUGCAAUACUGGUAACAGGAAUGGUAAUUGCAGGUGUUCUCAUCUGGUAUUUUGUGACAGACAGUUGUUCUGGGUCCAAGAUACAGUGUGGCACUCUGGGAGUAUGUGUGUCACCAUCUAAGUGGUGUGAUGGAGUGAAUGAUUGCCCUAAUGGAGAAGAUGAAAAUCGUUGUGUUAGACUUUAUGGGCCAGAUUUUCUUCUAGAAGUUUAUUCAUCUAAAAGCAAAAAAUGGUACCCUGUAUGCUAUGAUGAUUGGAAUGAUAUACAUGGAAUGACUGCUUGUGAAGACUUGGGAUAUAAUUCGAACACAUAUUUAAGCAGCCAGGCACUACCAUUCAUCACUGGAUCUAGGAGCUUUAUGAGGCUGAAUACAAGUGCUGUGAACGUAGACUUGUAUAAGAAAUUGUACAGCAGGUGGUACAUCUAUACUUUAUCUACUUUUAAAGCAGUUGGUGUCCAUCUGACCAUGUGGUGUCUCUGCGAUGCAUACUGUGGCAUUUCCAGUAAAGUUGCAAAUCCUCGAAACAGAAUUGUGGGUGGAAGUGCUGCUGGCCUUGGGGAUUGGCCAUGGCAAGUCAGCCUUCAUAUUCAAGACACCCAUCUAUGUGGAGGGUCCAUUAUCACUCGUGAAUGGAUAGUAACAGCAGCUCACUGCGUAGAAGGGUUACAUUCUAAUGCAUUCUACUGGAGAGUUUAUCCUGGGAUCUUGACACAGCCAGAAAUGCAUCCUCCAAAGGGAUACAGAGUAGCAAGAAUAAUUUCUCAUCCAAACUAUGAUUCAACUUCUAAAAAUAAUGAUGUUGCCCUUAUGAAGUUACAGUCUCCUCUACUUUUUAGUGAUUUUACAAGUCCAGUUUGUUUGCCCAACCCUGGAAUGAUGUUUCAGCCUACAAAACCAUGUUGGAUAUCUGGAUGGGGAGCAAAACGCCAGGGAGGUAACACUUCAAAAGAACUGAAUGCAGCAAUUGUACAUCUGAUAGAGCCAUCUAUAUGUAAUGACAAAUAUAUCUAUAAUGGACUCAUUUUGCCUACCAUGAUCUGUGCUGGCUAUCUGCAAGGAAUGGUGGAUUCUUGCCAGGGUGACAGUGGUGGUCCAUUGGUAACUCUGAAAAAUGCAUUGUGGUGGUUAGUGGGUGACACAAGUUGGGGAACAGGCUGUGCUAGUAGAAAUAAACCUGGAGUUUAUGGCAAUAUGACAAUGUUCACAGACUGGAUUUACAGAAAUAUGCAGGCAAACAAAUGAUGAUAUUCUGCCGUGUACCCCCCAUGGAAUGAACUGCUGUGUAUUGGAUUGCUUCAAACAGUGGUGGAUCAAAUAGCUUUCUUGGCCUUCAUAAUUCUUGCACUAAGUGCCUUUUUAAAAUCACUACUAGGUCCUCAACAUUUCAUGUAUGUGAACGUUUGCCAAAGUAUUUGGUGCAUUUGCAUUGACUGGUUUCGUAUCAGACACAGCAGGUUUCACAAGAUCCUGUUUUCCUUUAAAUGUGGUGCCUCAGAUUGCUAACACUCCUUUUUAUCAAUUACUUGCUGGUGUUUCCUUUAUUUCUGAGGAUUUCUUAGGUGAUCAUAAAUCAUAUUGUAAAUUAAUAUUUCUAAUUACUGUUUUUUAUUACAAUCACAGCAUUUUGUGACAUUUUAAUGUUUAAUAUAUCAUUGAUGUGUGAAUAUCUGGGCUGCUGGCUAGCCCAGCUUUUCAAGGGUGAAGAAAAAACACAUGGUGAAUGUCCCAAUGUGACAUGUGAAAGAGACUUUCUCCAGUAUCGAUAGAAAAUACUUUGCUAUCUCCUGUGUUCAGGCAUCUGUAAUUCCUCAUGCUCUUAACAGGUAUUAUGGUUCUGAAAUCAAGUAGAUACUCAGUUUUAAAUUGAAUUCUUCCCCUCCUUCCAAUAUGUAAAUAUAAUCAAGAUUAGUUUGGUUCAGAAAAUGGGAAAAUCCUGGAUUUUGUUACGAGAAUAUCCCAGGAUCAUAUAUCUGAUGCAGAAAGAAUAAAGCAUCUAGCAAGUCACAGCAACAGCUAGGCACAGCUUCAGGUGUAGAGCCUAAGGACAGCAAGUAAAGAGUAUUUCUACACUUUUCUGCGUCUUCCCUAAGCAAAUAGUAACAGACACUCUUAUGAAGCUGUAUUAUGUACAGUUGACUGCUGUUCCCCCCCCCCAAAUGUGCAGUACAGGAAACAAAGGAAAAUGAAAAUAAUCACUUAAUUUUAUGACUACCUCACUGACAAUUUGUGCUAAGCAGGGAUUUUUACAUUAAUGUAUUAUGUAAGGUUUAAAGUUUUAAUACUGAAUUCAUAAGUAAAUAUGGAACUAUGCAGAAAAACACAUUAGUAAACUAUAAUAAUAAAAUCUGUCAGUCUUGAAGUUCUUCCUCAUCUAAUUCCCAUGGACUGAAAUUACUAAUAUUGCUGCUAUUGAAAUGCACUUUAAAAAAUGCGCCUGUUGCGAAGCAACUUCCAUUUCAGGUUUUGGAGAUUCAGUUGUGUAGUAAAGCGCCACUCAAAUAAUUAUUUAAAGCAGAUAUACUGAUGGAGGCUAAGAAAUGAAUAUAAAUCAUGCUGAACUGUGAAGCUACGUAUGUCACUAUUUUCAAUAGCAAAUAUUUUGUUUUAGCUUCAUAACUGAAACUCACCGGGCAUCUUGUAUGCAAGUGACUUAAACAAUAAACUUUUUACAAUAUUA